GCCUCAACGAAUUUCUUACGUACGUACGUAAUAUGUAUGUAGUGAUUUCAUUUAUUUUGCGUCGUUUCAUUAAAAUAACUGGAUAUAUCUGUACUGAUCUUUCAUCUAAUAAAAUAAAUCCUUACCCCUAUAUCUGUGGUGCAUUGAAGAUCUCACUCAACUCCCGUGAAGACUUUUAUUGAGUGUAGAGCGAAGAAACUAAGUAUUACAUUCCUUUAAAUAAGAACGUUAAUGUUUAAAAGAAACAGGGAAAAUCUAAAACAAAAUAUUUCUUUCUCAAGAUCAUGUCGACUUCCGGUGUUUAUUUUAAUAAAACCAAGUUUAUGUUAAAAUCGAGAGAUGAUCAGCCAGAUGACGAAGUUGUCGAUACAUUUUGUUUGGACGGCAAUUAUGAAAUAAAGUGUGGUUAUCCAAACAGUGCAGCUCUCGCCGAAAAUGUGGAUUACGAUGACUUUGAAAGGGCUGUGAAUUGUAAAGCUGUGUUUUUUUAUGGAAAUAUCUUAUAUAAAUCUGAUGAACCUAAGAUAUGGGAAUAUAUAGACUUGAUGAUUGAAACGACGUACAAGACAGAAUUAUCAGUGCCUGUAGACACCAGUGUGGAAACUAAUAUAAAAUUGGAAGGUGGCACCAUUUGCCCUUCCAUUCACACUUUAUUUUCGUACGACGGUAAAUUGUUCACUUUAUAUGGAAGAUACAUUUACGGAUACGAUGCUCCUCAUGUGAAAUUUUCGUUAUGUGAUAAACCACAAAAAUAUUACUCGAGUAGUGAUGAGAACGAUGAUGACGCAGAAAGUGAGGAAGAUUACGUAGGAAGUGACGGGAGUUUCGAAAGUUAUGAUUUCAAAAGAAAGAAGUAUGAGAGAGAUCCGAAUGGUGAAUAUUAUGGUGAUUGGAAGCUCAAACCGCCAAUAAUUAAUUCGGAAGAAAUAGUUCUGCCUAUUGUUGCCAAUAAUAUACGAUGUAAAAAACUUGAAGACUAUUUGGAUGAUUAUGUAUAUUCCUUUGCAAUUGUUGAUGAUAAGACGAAAGUGUUACAAGCGUUUGCUUUAUAUCGUUGAUUUAGUAAUUGUGUCUACUCUUUUAAUCAAUAAAGAAUU